CCAUUUUCAGUACAGCGCGAAUUGUUAGCACGAGUAGAUUAGUUGGUAACAGUGGUUUUGGUUGGGUUAAAAAUUCUUCAAAAACAGUUAAACACAGGGAAUUUCUAUUGCAGAUCAAUUCACCGCAAGCCAUGCAGUCACCACCAGAAAAAGCAAAAUCAAUUUUUGAAUUUACCGUCACCGAUCUGAACGGUAAUGAGGUUUCGCUCGACCGGUACCAGGGAUCGGUAUGCCUGAUCGUGAACUUCUCUACCAAGGAUGCCACCUUUGAGAAGGUGUUGAGUCUUCUCACGCCUCUGUUUCGAAAGUAUCACAACGACACCCGAAAAGAUUUGAACGUCCUCUUCUUCCCAUGCUUCCAAUUCGGCUCCAAAGAAUCGCCGGACGAAAUCGUACAGCGCUUCGAGAGCAGCACCGAUAGCAGCGGUAUGAUCGGUGAGAUUUUCACCGAGAUUGAGGUGAACGGCUCGAAAGCCCCCGGACUGUACAAGUAUCUGAAGGCGAAAAAACCGGGCAACUGCGGAGGAUUUAUCAACAGCAACUUUACCAUCUUUCUUACCGACCGCCAAGGCGUACCGGUGGAAAGGUUAAAUGCUGGAAUUCAUCCUUACACGCUCGAGGACAUGGUCGAGAAUUUGUUACGCUAAACUGUGCUGCUAACCGUGUUACUAGAAAUAAAGCAUAGAACAAAUCCAGCUUUGCUGCGGGCUGUUUGACUUUGUGUUAG